AUGGACAGUCCCUCUGGGGAGAAGGGAUUCCAUAUAGAUGCAAACGAGGCGGCGGCAAACACGGACCUCCCAAGCUUUACAUCUAGUCGGUCAGAUCUUGAGACGGCGUUCCUCAACAAGGGGCUCAACACGAUCGAUAUGGUGGCCCUCUCGGGCGCGCACACGAUCGGCCAGGCGCAGUGUGGGACCUUUAAGGACAGGAUCUACAACGAGACUAACAUCGACACGACCUUCGCCACAUCUCUCCGGGCCAACUGCCCCCGGUCCAACGGCGACAACAGCCUGGCGAACCUGGACACGACGACGCCCAACACGUUCGACAACGCCUACUACACCAACCUCAUGUCACAGAAGGGGCUCCUGCAUUCUGACCAGGUGCUCUUCAACAACGACACCACCGGCAACACCGUCCGGAACUUCGCGUCCAGCCCGGCGGCGUUCAGCAGCGCCUUCACGACGGCCAUGAUCAAGAUGGGAAACAUCGCGCCAAAGACAGGGACGCAGGGGCAGAUCAGGCUCAGCUGCUCCAGGGUGAACUCUGAUUGA